AUGCAAAAGUCCGUACUUUUACUCCGGCUCGUCCGGGUUCUAUUUCCUCUUUCUGUUAUUGGCACCGUGUAUAUUUACUUUUACCCUUUCUUCCACAAAUGUCACUUCCCCGAGCCGUGGACCGCGCCCGACUGGAACGAGCAAUGCGCCCACUAUGUACGAGAACCACAUAUAGCACCCUUCCGACUCCUUGCACUUGGUGACCCGCAGCUCGAAGGAGACAGUUCCCUUCCUGGCGGUGCUAUCGAGCCACCUCCCAGCAUACCUUCUAUAUGGCGCGACACGUUGGGCUUGAGUGAGGAGCCACGCGCAUGGGUUGACAUACUUCAAUACGACAUUCCCGACCUGUUCGUGAAAUGGCGGAAACAGAUAGAUCUCUUCGGCAACGACUUCUACCUCGCACAUCAGUAUCGCACCAUGCGUUGGUGGACGCGCCCAUCCCACAUAUCCGUGCUAGGGGACCUCCUUGGGAGUCAGUGGAGUACGGACGAGGAGUAUGAAAGUCGAUCGCAAAGGUUUUGGAAUAGAGUCUUUAAGGGAGGACUCAAGGUUUCAACAGACAUCACUUCACCGAAUGAGACAACGGGCAGAGUGGAGGUGCUGGGGGACGACGUGCUUUGGGAACAACGGCUCAUCAAUAUUGUGGGCAAUCAUGAUGUUGGAUACGCCGGCGAUCUGGAUGAAACUAGAGUCGAUCGGUUUGAAAGAGCGUUCGGCCAAGUUAAUUGGGACAUACGCUUUGAACUGCCGCAGUUCUCUUUAACGAACCUGAAUCUAAAUGAAACGACAGAAAAGAUACCGUCGCUGCAUAUAAUCGUCCUGAACUCCAUGAACCUCGAUGGACCGGUACUAUCGGAGAAGCUACAAGGAGACACUUACAAGUUCAUCAACGAUGUCAUAAGUUCCAGAUCCGCUCCAGUUGAGGAUCAUACAUCCGCCACACUACUGCUCACUCAUAUACCGCUGCACAAAGAAGACGGCGUCUGCAUUGACGGGCCAUUCUUCGACUACUUCCCAUCAGAAGAAGGCGGGGGGAUAAGAGAACAAAACCAUCUUAGUGAACAUGGAACCAAAUCGGUGCUCCAGGGAAUCUUCGGUCUCAGUGGGAACAAAGGAGCUCCCGGCAAUGGCCUGGGCCGAAACGGUCUCAUAGUAAACGGACAUGAUCACGAAGGUUGCGACGUAUGGCAUAGCAUUCGCUAUGGGGAGGAAUCAUGGCGAGCGGAGCGGUAUCCGCCCGCGCAGAACACGAGUGAAUCAAUGUCCUUACCUGGCAUCCGCGAAGUCAAUCCCGGUCUUCGCGAGAUCACACUCCGAAGCAUGAUGGGGGAGUUUGGUGGCUAUGCAGGCUUGCUUAGUGCAUGGUACGAUCCGGGAGCUGGCAAAUGGGAGUUUGCCUUUGACUACUGUAGCAUGGGCAUUCAGCACUACUGGUGGGCGAUUCAUAUUGUGGACAUCGUCACCAUUAUUUGUAUUCUCGCCAUCAUCCCUGUCCGGCUCUUAGAGCGAUUGCCAGACGGAAAUGAAGGAGCGAGGCAUAGGGGAGAGAAAGCUAUGAAGCGCGAUUAG